AUGGGUGCAGGUGCACUGAAUUCCAAAGUAUAUCAAAGAAACAUUGCCAAAGAUGAUCACCUAAUAGAGUUGGAGAUAAGCAAUCCUGAAGGCAGGGCCAGGGUUGUACGCAGCCCACGACAGAGACGAGAAACAUCUGCAAUACAACAACAGUAUUUAGAUGCACACAAUAAUGCAAGAGCUAUUGUCGUACCCACAGCAACUAACAUGUUGAAAAUGAAAUGGAGCAGUGCCCUAGCAACAGUGGCAGAAAAUUAUGCAAAGAAGUGUAUUUGGGCACACAAUGGGGCAAGGACAUCUGAGACACAAGCUCUAACAUCAGAUUUCAAUUAUGUUGGAGAAAAUUUAUAUGUAACCUCACAAAGUGCAGCUAAUCCAGAUGCUGUGGUUCAGAGUUGGGAUAAUGAGAAAAAUGACUACACUUAUAGUUCUAAAGCCUGCAGUGGUGUAUGUGGACAUUAUACACAGGUUGUAUGGGCCAAUUCGGAAUAUGUGGGCUGCGCAUCCCACACAUGUUCCACAUUCACAGGCUUAAGCUCUGCCUUCAAUGGUGGGACAAUUGUUGUUUGUAACUAUGGUCCAGGGGGAAAUGUUAACAACCUGCAUCCGUACCUAUCUGGUCCAGCCUGCUCAGAUUGUCCAGCUGGGUAUACAUGUUCAAACAACCUAUGUAUGGACGGAGAUGCUAGCGCUGAAACUACAAACAGGAGAAGGGACCAACAAAUGUAA